CUGAUGUGACUUAUAACAUGUUGGUGUUCAGGUUCUUGUUUAUUUUGAUCAGAUACAUGUUGGUACAUGUCUCCAUGACGCCAUCUAGAGGACUGACAGCAGAAGUGCAGCAUUCAUGUGAUGCUGAUAUGAAGCAGCCAAUCAGAGGAGGAGCAGCUGAUGUUCUGACAGGAGACAUGAUGGAAAAGCUGAUUUCAGUUGAUGUGCAGAUGAAUGAUUUGUGUUUCCUCUCCAGAUGAAAGUGUGUGUGAGAUGAGCAGCAUGAAUCAGUGUGAGGACAGAGAGGAGGGAGGCCCUCCCUCUAAAACCACUGGACCUGGACCAGGACCAGGACCUGGACCAGGACCUGAGCCCAGCUGUGUGUCCUUCAAGAGUGACAACUCAAUGGGUUGUAUUAUUAAUUUUAAAGGACAACCAGCUCCUGCUGUAAAGAGGAGACCAGUCUCAGCUGGACCUGGACCUGGACCUGGACCUGAGCCUGGACCUGGACCUGGACCUGGACCUGAGCCCAGCUGUGUGUCCUACAAGAGUGACCAGUCAAUUGAUAAGAUCAUUAAUUUCAAACAAGAACCUUCCUCAGACAGACAAGUCGACCAGGAGAGCUCAGAGGUUCCCAGAGGUCCGUCUGUCCAGCAGCAUCAGACACACCUGGACUCCAUAUUUAUGCUGCUGGAGGAGAACAUUGUCACUUUUGUGAAGAACGAGCUGAAGAAGUUCCAGAAGGUUCUGAGUUCAGAUUACCCAGAAUGCUCAGAGAGUCAGAGGGAGGAUGAGGAGGAUGAAGAGCAGAGGAGGAGCAGCAGAGAGGCAUUUCUGAAGAUCACACUUCACUUCCUGAGGAGAAUGAAGCAGGAGGAGCUGGCUGACUGUCUGCAGAGCAAACAUCUUGCUGCAGUUUGUCGGCGUGAACUUAAAUCUAACCUUCAGAAGAAGUUCCAGUGCGUGUUUGAGGGGAUCGCUAAAGCAGGAAACCCAACCCUUCUGAAUCAGAUCUACACAGAGCUCUACAUCACAGAGGGAGGGACUGCAGAGGUCAAUGAUGAACAUGAGGUCAGACAGAUUGAAACAGCAUCCAGGAAACCACACAGACCAGAAACAACAGUCAGACAAGAAGACAUCUUUAAAGCCUCACCUGGAAGAGACGAACCAAUCAGAACAGUGAUGACAAAGGGAGUGGCUGGCAUCGGGAAAACAGUCUUAACACAGAAGUUCACUCUGGACUGGGCUGAAGACAAAGCCAACCAGGACAUACAGUUCACAUUUCCAUUCACUUUCAGAGAGCUGAAUGUGCUGAGAGAGAAAAAGUUCAGCUUGGUGGAACUUGUUCAUCACUUCUUCACUGAAACCAAAGAAAUCUGCAGCUUUGAAGAGUUCCAGGUUGUUUUCAUCUUUGACGGUCUGGAUGAGUGUCGACUUCCUCUGGACUUCCACAACACUAAAAUCCUCUCUGAUGCCACAAAAUCAGCCUCAAUGAAUGUGCUGCUGACAAACCUCAUCAGGGGGAAACUGCUUCCCUCUGCUCGCCUCUGGAUAACCACACGACCUGCAGCAGCCAAUCAGAUCCCUCCUGGGUGUGUUGACAUGGUGACAGAGGUCAGAGGGUUCACUGACCCACAGAAGGAUGAGUACUUCAGGAAGAGAUUCAGAGACAAGAAGCAGGCCAGCAAAAUCAUCUCCCACAUCAAGACAUCACGAAGCCUCCACAUCAUGUGCCACAUCCCAGUCUUCUGCUGGAUCACUGCUACAGUUCUGGAGGAUGUGUUGAAGACCAGAGAGGGAGGAGAGCUGCCCAAGACCCUGACUGAGAUGUACAUCCACUUCCUGGUGGUUCAGGCCAAAGUGAAGAAGGUCAAGUAUGACAGAGGAGCUGAGACAGAUCCACACUGGACUCCAGAGAGCAGGAAGAUGAUUGAGUCUCUGGGAAAACUGGCUUUUGAUCAGCUGCAGAAAGGAAACCUGAUCUUCUAUGAAUCAGACCUGACAGAGUGUAGCAUCGAUAUCCGAGCAGCCUCAGUGUACUCAGGAGUGUUCACACAGAUCUUUAAAGAGGAGAGUGGACUGUACCAGGACAAGGUGUUCUGCUUCAUCCAUCUGAGUGUUCAGGAGUUUCUGGCUGCUCUUCAUGUCCAUCUGACGUUCAUCAACUCUGGAAUCAAUCUGCUGGUAGAGGAAAAAACAGCAGACCGUCAAUCUACAGAGAAACGUCUCUACCAGAGUGCUGUGAAGAAAGCCUUACAGAGUCUAAAUGGACACCUGGACUUGUUCCUCCGUUUCCUCCUGGGUCUUUCACUGAAGACCAAUCAGACUCUCCUGCGAGGUCUGCAGACACAGACAGGAAGUAUCUCACAGACAAAUCAGGAAACAGUUGAGUACAUCAAGAAGAAGUUUGAGGAGAAUCUGGCUGCAGAGAGAAGCAUCAAUCUGUUCCACUGUCUGAAUGAACUGAACGAUCGUUCUCUACUGGAGGAGAUUCAACAGUCCCUGAGUUCAGGACGUCUCUCCACAGAUAAACUGUCUCCUGCUCAGUGGUCAGCUCUGGUCUUCAUCUUACUGUCAUCAGAAAAAGAUCUGGACGUGUUUGACCUGAAGAAAUACUCUGCUUCAGAGAAGGCUCUUCUGAGGCUGCUGCCAGUGGUCAAAGCCUCCAACAAAGCUCUACUGAGUGGCUGUAACCUCUCAGAGAGAAGCUGUGAAGCUCUGUCCUCAGUUCUCAGCUCACAGUCCUCUAGUCUGAGAGAGCUGGACCUGAGUAACAACAACCUGCAGGAUUCAGGAGUGAAGCUGCUGUUAUCUGAACUGAAGAGUCCACACUGUGUCCUUGAAUCUCUCAGGCUGUCAGGCUGUCUGAUCACAGAGGAAGGCUGUACUUCUCUGGCCUCAGCUCUGGACUCCAACCCCUCCCAUCUGAGAGAGCUGGACCUGAGUAACAACAACCUGCAGGAUUCAGGAGUGAAUCGACUGUCUGCUGAACUGAAGAGUCCACACUGUGUCCUUGAAACUCUCAGGGUGGAGCCUGCUGGAGUCCGAUGGUUGACACCAGGUCUGAGGAAGUAUUCCUGUGAGCUCACAGUCGACACAAACACAGUCGACAGAAACAUCAAACUGUCUGACAACAACAGGAAGAUGACACGUGUGGAGGAGGAUCAGUCAUAUCCUGAUCAUCCAGAGAGGUUUAAGACCAGGUAUCCUCAGCUGCUGUGUAGAACUGGUCUGACUGGUCGCUGUUACUGGGAGGUCGAGUGGAGAGAAAGAGUUACUAUAUCAGUGAGUUACAGAAGAAUCAGAAGGAAAGGAGACAGUGAUGACUGUGUGUUUGGAGGGAAUAAUCAGUCCUGGAGUCUGUGGUGCUUUGAUGGUCGUUACUCUGUCUGGCACAAUAACAGACAAACAUUCCUCUCUUCCCCCUCCUCCCCCUCCUCCUCCUCCUCCUCUUCCUCCUCCUCCUCCUCCUCCUCUGGUAGAGUAGCAGUGUAUGUGGACUGUCCUGCUGGCACUCUGUCCUUCUACAGAGUCUCCUCUGACUCACUGAUCCACCUCCACACCUUCAACACCACAUUCACUCAACCUCUUUAUCCUGGAUUUGGGUUCUUCUACCCCAGAUCUGGUUCCUCCUCAGUGCGUCUGUGUGGUGUUUAGUGUGCAGAGUCUCCUCCUGUCACAGAAACAUUGUCAGUGCUGAACAGUUGAGUCUGUAUCAUUGUGUUUCUCUCAGUGUUUUGUGGCUGUUGAAGUCCGGCUGUAUUUUCAGGACGUUUGUUGGAUUUGAAUCUGGUCCGUCAAACUAAACAGCUGUGAGAAAAGUCUUUCUCUGUCUGAGCCGGUUGGCUGAAGAUGUUUGGAAGUCUGAGAGCCGGAUGAAAUACUGAAACACUUUCAGAGAUCACAAACUAAACUGUCCUGAUGAAGUUUUUAAACAAGAGCUGAAGAGAUUUGAGCUCAUGUUUGAUGCUUCUGAACGUUGAUGUUCAGAGCAAAGAGUCCAAAACUUGUACAAAUUGUUCCUUUUUGUUUAAAUGUGACUUUGUUUGUGAAACGAUCAGCUGACGAGUUUAUAAUCAGACUGAAAGAUGUCGCACAGCGUCACUGAAAUGUUUCUCCUCUGCUGAAGUAGCUGAAUAUAAAAGUCUACUUGUGUCCUCAUCAUGUUGUCUGUCAGUGUGGAAACUGUAAAUAAUUCAUAUUGUUUUCAUGCUAUAUUAAAGGAACCAGAACACAUGAA